AUGCUCUACUCAACAACGGCUUGUCCCAUCGGGAAAUCGCUCGUCAGACGGGUCGCUCAAGACGAACUAUUGACCGUUAUGCAAGGAAUCCGCAAGAAUACGGCACAGCAAUACAUUCUGGACGGCACAGGCUGCUAUCGGUUCAAGCUGAACGAGACGUCUGUCGAAAAGCAUCAAACUCUACGAAGUCCGCCAACCAAAUCAGAUCCGAAAUUCCUGAAAACGUCUCGAAGAACACCAUCUUACGAACAAUUCAUCGGUCCGGUCGACUUGUGAAUACUCCAAUGAAGGCAGCACCUCGUCUACAGCAACGCCAUAAGAAUGAACGGCUCCAGUUUGCACGCUCUAACAUGGCCACGGAUUGGAAUAAGGUAUCAAUUUUUUCUAUCACCUUAUGAUUCCCAAUUUCUCUGUUCAGAUCAUCUUCAGCGACGAGAAGAAAUACAACCUUGAUGGGCCAUAUGGGUACGCUCACUACUGGAGAGAUUUGAGGAAAGAUCCGAUGUACUUCUCCAAGAGAAACUUCGGCGGCGGCAGCCUCAUGGUCUGGGCGGCUUUCUGCGGCAACAGGGACGGUAGCUCUUUCUUUUAUUGGGACCAGAACGAAUUCGCAAGACUACCAGCAACUGCUUGCCCAGCAUCUCCUGCCCUAUCUCCGUCGCCGACGACGUGCUAAUAUGAUUUUACCAACAAGACAAUGCAUCUGUUCACGCGAGCAACUCCACAUUGGCUUGGUUUGCGGCCAAGAACGUGGUUCUUCUGGACUGGCCCGCGUGCAGUCCUGACCUCAACCCUGUAGAGAAUUUAUGGUCAGUCCUUGUACGAAGGGUCUACGCGAAUGCCAAGCAGUAUACAACGGUCAACGAUCUGAAAAGAGCGAUUCGUGCCGAGUGGGAUGGUUUGGACAAGUCACUGCUGCAAUCACUCGUUGGCAGCAUGCCGAACAGGAUUUUUCGAAGUCGCUCAGAAACAAGGAGGCAUCACACAUUAUUAAUUAAUCUUUUUUUGUUAUACUUUGUUGACUUUGUGAAAUGAAUUUUUGUUGAUUACUUAUAGUGGGUCUAUAAUUCUGGGUCGGUCAAAAAAAUCAGAUUUUUCUCGUAUCUUGAAAAAAAACUUUUUCAACUGGGUGAUUGAUAAUUAUGAUAUGAUUAUGUUCCUUAUCAACAAGGUUUAUCACAAAAAAAGUUUGGUGGCUGAAAGUUUUUCAAUCUUUCUUAAAAUCGGAGAAAUUAGGGUGGGUCUAUAAUUAUGGGUCGCAGUGUAUUAUUCAUAGACUCUAAGAGAAGAUGUUUGUGAAAAAAUUGAAAAACUUUUUUUUCCACAGAUCCUUCGUGUCUAUGAGCAUGACGUCUGAAGAUUACGCCCUUUUGAACGGGUUUCGAAAUGAUUCAUAGAUUUAUCAUGAUAAUUAUAACUCAGAUCGGCUGUCAGUACGGUUGCCAGUGAAACGAGCGUUCUGCGAACACCGGCUCGCUACCUUCCCAGCCUUUGUGUCGUCGUUUCGGCGGCUUUUUGCACGUUUCCUAACCUUUUUCCGAAAAAAUUCUUCAAAUUAUGAUUUUGAGGGUUCUGUGUUACUCAAUCGCCCGGUUUGUGCCCUUUCUCGGCGCCGUUUUCACCUUUUUCGGUGCUCUUUGGCUGAGGUGAGGGUUACGAUGCUCCAGAUGACGGAGAAGAUUGAUUUUUUGUAUCUUUCAGAAUCUUUGAACGGUAUAUUUUGACAGAAAAAAAAUUUUUGGGAAUGAGAAAAAUUACAUGAAACCACUGGAAAAGGCUUCUCGCCUCAAGACCCUGAAAAGUCGAUUUUCCGCGUCAGGAGGAUCUUUGAAUCUCUGUACAUGCGCCUUUAAUUUUCAGGAUUUUUCCCUUAAUUUUUUGUUUUCAUUUUUGGACAUACUUAUAAGGAUAGUUGAAAUUUUAGAAAGUAUUAUUAUGAAAAAAUACAUAGAAGUCGAAUUUUAGUUUAAAAAAGGUCUUUAGUUUAUCAUCUAAAAGGGGAAUAUUCUAUUUAUUCGGAAAUAUAUUCUCUAUUUGAUGCUAACUUGACCGUUUUUCCACAUUUUGAGACCUAAAAAUGCCUCGGGUAUAUUUUAAAAAUUAGUUUUUUUUUUCCUCUGAUCGAAAAUUAUUCAGCGCUUUUUCCAAUUUUUGUUAUUAUUUUUUGUUCAAAAUCCAUUUUCGGGGAGUUUAAAAAAACAUGGCAAGACGAAAAAGACUUCUCAAUCUUUUUCAAGGAUUCUGCCUCCAGGACUUUCUUAAAAAUAGGUUAAAAAAUAUCCGUCUUCAGUUUUGUUGAAACAUUUUAAACUUUUCCCCUCCUAGGGAAUGGUUCCGGCUUCAUGGAAGUUCUCUGACAAGAUCGCCACGUGCCGCGAUCAACGUUACCUGUGUCCUUCGCGAUAAUCCGUUAUACCGUUUUCAAAGAAAGUGAUGAAAAAUGUUGGGAUUUCCAGUGACUACAUUCCAUAUUACACUCUCGGUUGGCUAUUCGGAGAAAAAUACAAGCCCUACAUUUUCGGAUGCUGUGACCCGUUGCAAGGCAAUAAUAGAACGGCUGACGAGUAUCUCGAAUCAGUCUAUCUUUCAAAAAAAGACAAUUUUCCAGGGAAACGUCAAGCUCGCCGAGAAACUCGAAAGAAGCACGAGAAGUGAUGAAAAAAUAG